AUGUACGCUUUAAAGCGCCUGAACAGGCGUCGUGAUGAGUUCGUUGAUCUCGUGUAUGACGGCGAUGAAGCUCAACGUUCCGUGAUGGGUUGGGAGGUUCGUGAUUUCGUCAGAUCGUCGAAACGCAAACGUGGCGUUUCGAGUUCAGUGAAUUACCGAGUCCGUGCUCGACGUGAAGCAGAAUGCAAAAUUUCAGUACUGCCCUCGAAUCCGUGCAUCUGUCAGCUUUCUUCGUGUGAUGAUAGGAGCACUGCAUGUAGCUGCGAAGUUGGGAAAGAACGAAGCGGAAAUGAAGCAGCCAGUUGUGUCCAAAUUUCGGAAUCAGAAGGCCAGAAACAAUCAUUCCCGGGCGGAAUCCUCGAAGACAUCAGUGAUCAAAUACAAGAUUCAGUAUUCGAAAAUUCGCACUCCGCGUUCUCCUGUGAAGAUUCGUGUUUCGCAGUUUCAUCUGAUCCAUCGUCGGAUGCAGAAGAAUUACCAAUCUCUCAGAAAGCCUGCGCCGAAAACCCAUAUGCUGCCCAAGAACCAUCAGUGCAGUAUACUCGUGAGCUUAAUGCCAGUGAACAUGAUGAUGUUUCAUUUGUUGAAGCCAAAGAUGUGAUCUAUCAGUUGGAAGUGGAACAACCGUGCAAUACGUUCAGCAAGUACGGCUCUGACACACGAUCGUUCUUCUGCGAGAAACCCGAUAUCUGUUCACCCGUUACAAACGUUAUUUCGGUGCCGUCAAAAAUUCCAGAAAUAUCGGACGAAGUAACGGUCGCUGCGGUCUCUGUUGAAGAAGUUGGUGAACAGAAGUUGGUACAUUGCAAUGCACAUGAUGCCACAUUUCAUUCAUGGGACGGGAUAAUUGGAGGUAAGCGAAUGAUUUUCGUCGCACGAAUGGUUUUCUUCUAUAUCUACUUACUUCCAGAAGCUGUGAAUGUAUCGGAGACUCAGAAAAUGUGCAUCCCACUUAGGCGUUUGAAAUCGCUGCCUGAAGUGGAGCAAUUCGAAACUGAGGCUGGUUCAAGCAGUGCGACUGCAGAACCUCUUACAAAAAAUAGGUGGAAACAGAUGGAAGUAGAUUCUUCCGAGAAGUUUCCAGUCAUAGAACCGUACGAUGGACUUCGGAUGAUUUUGUUCGCGGAUGUUUGCCGACCAAUGCGUUCGCCUGUCGACGUUGCUGAAUCCCCUGAAUUAGAAGUUUUGAGAGCCAAGGCUUCGGAAUGCCGAGUUUCUGCUCUGAAAAAUGCAUCGCUGUCUCUUCAGCCUGAGCCUCCUCGAGACGUCUCACCCCCGUCCCUUCGUCAUUCAGGCUUCGAAUUCGAUGCUUCAUACUCCAGCUUGAGUCAGUUCAAAGUCGAUGACGCGAUCAAAUCUUCGCUGCACUGCUUGCAUGCUAUUGGACACUUGAAAAGUGUUUCAUCUAAAGAAGUCCCUCAGAAUACUGCCGCCAAGUUCCGGCUGUGCAAUGAUAUUUCUUCUGCCGUAAAGAAGCUUGGAUAUGACGGGGAUCUGGGUUAUCAGACGUUUCUUUACAUAUCUCAUGCCGAGCUUCGAAGUAUUUUGCUAUUCCUGUUGGCCCGAGUUCCUAGCGACGGAGAUCCAGUUGGAGAUGGUGAGAGGAAAUCCAGUGUCAUGACACAAGUCAAAGCCGCAUUGAACAAGUCCCUGACCAUCCCUUGGAUCCCAUGGUAUUGUCGAAAAGCACCGAAUGUCAUGAAGUUCUGCCCCGACGAACUGCAUUUGUCUAGGACGGAAGGUUAUUCCGCGACCUGUGAAAAGCUUACUGUUGAUAAACGCCACCUUUUGCCGACGUUGAUAAGCGCCUACGCCUUGUGCAAAGCGUCUCGAGACGUUGAGCGAAACUCAGCCAAAAAGUUGAGGAAUCAAAAAAGAGUGACAGGUCUGCUUCGUCAAGAAUUGUCCGAUUGCAGAAUCGACGCGUCACGAAAUAUUGAUGCGUUUCGCUGUCCCGACGUUGUUGCCAACUUUGAUAUUGUUUCCCAACGAGAGGCGAGUAAUCCUGCGAAACCCGAAGUUCUUCGAGAAGAGGAAUUAUUACGAGAAGAAGAAGAGAAAAGCGAACUGCGAAAUGAGAUUGAAGCGGUUGAAGAGUCAUUGAGGAAAAUUGAAAAGGAAAUUAUAAAGCUUGAAGGCAAGGUUAAGCAAGCGAAUGACGUCAUCUUGACUGAUCGAGCCGAAAUGGAAACCACGAAAAAAGAAUACUUAGUCAAGAAACGAGCCUUUGAUUUUCUUCCCGAUGCUCCGAAAAAUGUGGAGAAAUUGAUCGCCGUGAAUAAGCUCGCUGGUGAAAAAUUACAUGAGGCGGAACAGUCGUGGAAUGAAAGAAAGCUUGCCAUGACAAAGAAAAUUGAAGACCUUCGCAAUGAUUGGCUGAAAGAACAAGAGAGCUCCGACGUUUUGAAAGAUGAACUGGUGGCGCUUGAGGAGCGAGUGAAAUUGUUGGAAAACGAUACGCGAGUGAAAACUGCUCAAAUUGAGCGGAUUAUCUCGAGCACGAAAGUUCGUUCGAAAGAAGCUGAUCGGUCUGUUUACACUCAGCGUAUCCUUGAAGUGGUCAACAGCAUAAAGAAGCAGUGCAAAGGGAUCGACAAAGUUCUCGAGGAUACUCGGUCUCUCCAGAAAUCCAUUAACCUUCUGGAAGGGAAACUUGAUCGGUCAUUCACGAGUGCCGACGAACUCGUUUUCAAGGAUGCCAAAAAAGAUGAGAUGAAUCGCAGAGCGUAUAAGAGCCUGGCUGCCAUCCGCGAAGGUUACGACAUGUUGAUUUCUACCGUGCGGGAAAUUGGCUCCAUGACGAGGGAAAUCCGGGAUUUGGAGGACCAAGUGGAGGAAGACAAAGCGAAGAAUGUCGUGUCUAAUUUGGAGGGCAUUCAGCGCGAUUUCGCCGAGAUGCGUGCUGAAAACGCGGUGCUGAAAGUCAAGCUAGAGGAGUUGAAAGCCUCGGGAAACAAUUGAUGCUAUAUAUAUUCGACCGUCCCGUGAUUCUAUUAACUGUGUGAAGCAAUUUUCUUGUAACGUUUCAUACUCAUUCCGAGAUGAAUCUUGCUUUUUUCUUGAAGAUUCUCCAAUCUUCGAAAUUAUUUCGCCUCGCAGUAUUACCCUGAUAAUUUGACGUACUCAUUCAGUGCGCCUCAGAACGUCCUUCUCAAUUACAACGGGGAAUGGCUAUACCAGAGUAGAAUUCUGUAACAACGAAUCUCGUUAUGAAGAAUUCUUUUCAUGGUCGUGGCAGUUCCUGUGUAGGAACAAGGCUAUAAAAAUCGCGUUAAAACAAACUACUGUAAUUUCAGCAGUAAUCUCAGUAUAAGAAUUUUAGCUUUCAUAAUGUGUGCAUGAGCCAUAGGACUUUUUAAUAAUUUGCACGAAAAUGGGUUAUAAACCAUACCACCCAAAUAUAAGUUCUAAUCUUUCUGUUCGGAAAAUUUAGCAUCAUUGCAGGAAGUAUGAGUUUUUAUUAAAUUCAAGCAAGGAAAGCUCCAAAAUAAUUGAAUUUUCACUUGGUCUCCAUUAUUUCGUCAGAAAGAUUUUAAAAUUAUGAAAGUUCUUCAAACAUAAAACUGUGAAGCAAUUAUUUGUUUUGCGCAAAAUUUCAGUCCUGAAUGCUCCACGAACCGUGAAUCUCAAUAAAACUGAAUGACAUGUCUUAUUACGGAGAAUUUUUUGGCAACGAACUUUUUUCACAAGUCUCAGGGAUUUUAUUCUAACGUGGGUUUACUGCGUAAGUUUAAUCCAGCGAAUGAGCCCCAAUCAGUGGAAUAACUGAGACUAGCGUGGAUUAUAGAUUUACGAUCGGAUCAAAGGGAUUCCUGAAAUUUUAAAGGAAUAGCUGGUCAACCGAAACAGUAAUUUUAAAAUGAAAGGCACGAGACAGGUUUACUUUCAUUGUGAUGAUAAAUUGUCAUUUUCGUAAUUUCUUCCUCCCUCUUAUUUCAUUGAAAUUUAUUCAGAGAUUAAUUUUGGUCUAGAAACCAGAAUACAUCUGUCAUAAUAGCGAAAAAAGCAAGACUUCGUUGUGAAUGGAAUGUUCGUCCUUGAGAGAAAACGAAUUCAUAGCCAACUCAUCUUAUGUGAGUUUUCAAACCUUUCAGAUUGGUGGAUAGAGAUCCCACGAGACAAUAAGGCCUCUGAAAAAUUCGAACCUUAUUCAAUUUUCACGUUGAUAAUAUCCCCCCAGUGUGAUGAGACCCCGGGGGAUUUUUUUGGCAAAAAUAAUCAACGAAAAGCCCGUCACAGUAUUCGGGAAUCCCGUUGGUUUCUUGAGUUGUCCACUUUGCUGAAGUCGGCGAAAAUUUUUUUUACGUCCUCUGAUGCAGCUCAUCGCUAACUUCAAAAAUCACUCAAUUGUACAUGCACUUGCUGAUUUGUUGAAUAAUUUAUUCGAUGAUGUCAUGAUGUAGAAAUUUUCCAUUUGAUUCGAUAUGAUGCCUGAUUAUAAUCUGGUGGGCAACCGAUUCCUGAUUGAGUGCGAUUUCCCCGCUUUUUCCGGGGUUCUGAAACGGUCCACGUAAUUGUGAUCCAUAAAUCAAGGUGUAUUUUGAUGAAAGUGAUGCGUCAGUAAAUCAUUCUUUUAUGGUGGAAAAA